UGAUACACCUUUACAUCUUAAGGUACCUAAACUAACCAACUGUCGCGGAUCCACAGUAGUAGCAGCUUAUUGUCCUCCACCUUCUCGCAUCUCCUCCCCUCCUCACAAACUUCGUCUCUUCAAUCUCUCUCUCUUUCUCUCUCUCCCUCUCUUUCUCCAUCCUCCCCGGAAUCACUACCUUCACAAUGGCCUCCAAAGCUUUGCCCACUCACCUCAGAGCUCCUGCCGGCGACGCCAGCUCCGGCUCGUUUGGCAAGCACCACGGAAAGUCCCAGUCUCACAUGGCCUUCGAAAAUGCCUCCACCAGCGUGGCUGCCUCGCAGAUGCGCAACGCCCUGAACGCCCUCGCCGAGACUGUUCCCGAUGCCACGGAGCGCAAGCGCUUCGAGGCUGAGAUGGACAACUUCUUCGCCCUCUUCCGCAGAUUCCUCAACGACAAGGCCAAGGGUAACGAGGUCAACUGGGACCGCAUCGCUCCCCCCCAGCCCUCUCAGGUUGUUGGCUACGAUGAGUUGGGCGCCGAGGCCUCGGUCGAGUUCCUGAACAAGCUGGCUGUUGUCAAGCUCAACGGUGGUCUGGGUACCUCCAUGGGAUGCGUUGGCCCCAAGUCCGUCAUUGAGGUCCGUGAGGGCAUGUCCUUCCUGGAUCUCUCGGUCCGUCAGAUCGAGCACCUCAACCGCACCUUCAACGUCAACGUUCCCUUCGUCCUGAUGAACUCCUUCAACACCGACCAGGACACUCAGUCCAUCAUCAAGAAGUACCAGGGCCACAACGUCGACAUCAUCACCUUCAACCAGUCCCGCUACCCCCGUAUCAUCAAGGACUCCCUCCUCCCCGCUCCCAAGUCCUUCGAUGCUCCUCUCCAGGACUGGUACCCCCCCGGACACGGUGACGUCUUCGAGUCUCUCUACAACUCUGGUACCCUCGACAAGCUCCUUGAGCGCGGUGUCGAGUACAUCUUCCUCUCCAACGCCGACAACUUGGGUGCCGUCGUGGAUCUCCGCAUCCUGCAGCACAUGGUGGACACUCAGUCCGAGUACAUCAUGGAGUUGACCGACAAGACCAAGGCCGACGUCAAGGGUGGUACCAUCAUUGACUACGAGGGCAAGGUCCGCCUGCUCGAAAUCGCCCAGGUGCCCAAGGAGCACGUGAACGAGUUCAAGUCGAUCAAGAAGUUCAAGUACUUCAACACCAACAACAUCUGGAUGAACCUCCGCGCCAUCAAGCGGGUUGUUGAGGAGAACGAGCUGGAGAUGGAGAUCAUCGCCAACGAGAAGUCCAUCGCCGCGGACAAGAAGGGCGAGGCCGACCAGGCCAUCUACCAGCUGGAGACUGCCGUCGGUGCCGCCAUCCGCCACUUCAAGAAUGCUCACGGUGUCAACGUCCCUCGCCGUCGUUUCUUGCCCGUCAAGACCUGCUCGGACCUCCUGCUGGUCAAGUCCGACCUCUACCGCCUGGAGCACGGCCAGCUGGUCAUGGACCCCAACCGCUUCGGUGGUGUCCCUGUCAUCAAGCUCGGUUCCGACUUCAAGAAGGUCUCGGACUUCCAGAAGCACAUCCCUAGCAUUCCUCGCAUUGUCGAGCUCGACCACCUCACCAUUACCGGUGCUGUCAACUUGGGCCGCAACGUGACGCUAAAGGGUACCGUCAUCAUUGUUGCCACCGAGGGCAGCACCAUUGACGUUCCCCCGGGCUCUGUGCUCGAGAACUGUGUCGUGCAGGGCAGCCUGCGUAUCCUGGAGCACUAGAUGGGUGGUUGACGUGUGGAGAUUCAGUUCUCACCCCGAUGGUCCGGGGACUCAGAGGCGGAACUGGCAUGGACUGAUAGAUCUGUCUAUACUAGCAGCGGGGGGAAACGUGUUUUUCUCCUGUCUGCAUCAUACUUUUUCUGAUUGAAAAGAUGUUGUGAUUCACAUAUUUCCAGGUAGCUUUCCACCACGGCCAUGGCUUCGGGGCGGGAGUCAAACUUCUAGUUUAGUUAUCCAGCGA